GUUCGAUCUCGUCGUCGUCGUCUCGUUGCUGUUCCCUCGCAUCCUUCGACUUGGUAUCUAUCUUUUCGCUUCUUAUCCAUCUGGCAACACUUUUAAUCUUGACAGCCUCCUACGACGCCCCUUUCUUGCCCAUCUAACUCGGAAUCUCUUGCUUCCCCUUGUCUCUUUUGGACCUUUUUGGAUACUUUCUCGCUUGGUUUGACAGUAUGAACGCCCCCGAUCGCACUGAAGCCUUCCUUCUUGGAGACGACGAGAAGAAGAUUGAAGAGAAGAUCGACACUCGUACUCCAAACACUACCAUUUUCACCUUCAACAAGGAAGACCACACCCUUGCCAACCUUCUCCGCGACAAGCUCCUGAAGAACAGCCACGUCACCUUUGCCGCCUAUCGGAUCCCGCAUCCUCUCUUUGCCAAGUUCGAACUUCGUGUCCAAACCGACGGCGAAAUCACCCCCAAGGAAGCCGUGCUGGCCAGUUCCCGCGACUUGGUCCACGACCUGGACGUCCUCAAGACCAACUUUACUCGUGAGUACGAACUGAGAAAGAUGGUUGGCGGUGCACAGCACGGGCAGUGACCAGAUUGUCUGGUUGGCCCUCUGCGGAAGCCACAUGGGGGUCACAUGGGGGUCCAAGUACGAGGUUGAAGGAUCGGCGAUACCCUGUAUCAUUAGCGGCGGACCUGGAGUGCUGGGCUUAAGGCGUUCGACAAAAGAGGGACGGUAUCUCAACGACGGUGGACUUUACGCAUUAAAAAGGUUGCAACACAUAGCAUAUUGGCAUGACAUUGACAGGAGGAAACGGAGACACUAGUAUGCUGUUUAUGAAAUUGUCAAAGCAGACCUUCUACCUCCACACGAGACUAUGGCUAGCCCUGCAGUCUCUCCAACGGACGUUAC